AUGCCACAAAAGUCAGUUAAGGGUCGAGUGAUUGCUGAUGUACUAGCCAAGAAUCCAAGAAUUUCGAAUAAUGAUGACCAUUCCUUGGAUGACCGCGUCUUGUAUGUAAGUGAAGAAUCAUGGACAAUGUUUUUUGAUGGAGCCGUAAACCUAUAUGGUUCUAAUACUGGGGCAGUUUUGAUAUCCCCAGAUGGACAACACCAUCCGGUAGCUGCAAAAUUAAUGUUGCCGUGCACUAACAAUGUAGCUGAGUAUGAAGCUUGCAUCCUCGGACUUCAAGCUGCAAUCGAGAUGGGUGUGGCUAAGUUAAAAGUAUUAGGAUAUUCCGCGUUUAUCAUUUGGCAAACCGUAGGUGAAUGGAAGACUAAGGAUGCCAAAUUGCUCUCGUAUCACGAGUAUUUAAAAGAUCUGGUAAAGGAGUUCGAGGAAAUUUCGUUUGAAUACUUGCCAAGGUCUCAUAAUCAAUUUGUGGAUGCACUCGAAACUUUGUCAUCUAUGUUUCAAGUCGCCGAUGGGUUAGAAGUCGAGCCAUUGAAAAUAGAGGUUUUGUUGAAGCCGACUUAUUAUAUAAUCGUGACUGAAGAACCUAAUGGGAAACCAUGGGUUGUUGAAGCAGCCAAUAAGAACAUUAAGAAGAUCCUGGCUAAGACAGUCGAGAAUUAUCGAGAUUGGCUUAAUAGGUUACCCUUCGCACUAAUGGCGUACCGAACGUUGAUCCGCACUUCUACUAAGGUAACCCCUUUUGCUCUAGUAUACAACAUGGAGGCAAUUCUGCUCGUGGAAGUGGAAAUUCCUUCUCUGAGAGUUUUAUCCCAAAUGGAGUUGUUAGAGGCGGAGUGGUCAUAA